UGUUUGUCGGUGCAGUGGUUCAGUUUGCGGAAGCUGAGAGGAUGGAGCCGAGCGAGUCGCCUGUGUCCCUCGACUGGUCCUGGUUCUGGAUCGUCCCGCUGUUAGGGGCCAUUCUUUUGAUCGCACUCUGCAUCUGGUGUUGUUGUAAGAGUAGUUUCCGUCUCCAAGACAUCCCCGGAGUUCGGUCCGUUCUAUCUUACGGGACGCUCCCGCGGACUCUCCUUUGCCAAGUGAAGUGUUACGGUCAGGGGAAAGUCCACCACGAAAUUGUGAAAAAACUGAACAUGAUUGAAGGACCAGGAGCUCCACUUGUUCUCUUUGUCUACAAAGUGUCCCGUGAAACUGAGGAUCUCCGCAACGCUCUGCAGUGGAUUGAAGGGAAUGAAGAGAGGAACAGAGGUGACAUCCGUGCUGUGAUCCUUCUGGAGAAGUCUUUGGAUAAACAGAAGAAGCCGGUGGAAGUUGCUCACGAGGGAAUGUUUGGCACUAAUGCUGUGGUUGUGCGAAUUCUGUGGCAACAACAGUGGAAUUCACCUGAUAAGAUUCUUGAUGGUCUUAGUAACGAGGAGGCGAUGGAGAAAGUCAAACAGAGUAUUCUCCAGUGUCAAUAGGAAGAAAGGUUUUAAAGUAACGCUUAGAGCAUUACUGAUCCCCGAGUGUGAUGUAUAGGUGAUGAUGAUGCCCUUUUCCUCACUAUCCUUCCCUUGUCCCUCUGGGCAAUUGAGUUGUGGGUUUGGUGGGGAUGUGCUUGAUGUUGAAGAAUCCUUGCUGAAUUGCUGCAGAUUAGCACAGGGGCUGGUCAUGUGACCUGGCACCUCUCUGCCUGUGGCAUUGUGGGUAGCCCAGCCCUCCUCCAUCUCAUUGGUCUAACAGUAACCAUGGAAGUACUGAUUGGUUCAGUGAUGUCCUUUGGAAAGUACAAGUACUGACCUCACCUUGUCUGGUCCAUAGGUUAAUCCACACCCACACAUUGAUCACUGAAAGUUUACUGCUGUUUAUGUUGCUACACUCUAUUUAUUUUCCCAAUUGCAAACUGAGCAAUGAAUCACAGAAAUGUUACCUGCCAAACCUCACUGGUUCAUGGUUGAGGUUCCCAGUGUCAGACCGGACAACAUCACUCCCACACUCAGUGUACAGUUCUACAAACACAUGCUGCAGUCACUGUACAUGGAUGGGGGUUGGGCGCUGAUAGAGCAAAUCCCCUGGACCCAGAUAUUCUCCAGCUGCUCAUUUACCUCCAUCUUCAAUGGCACAGUCCCACAUCCUGCUUUGGACAGUGUUUCAUGGAGAGUGUUUACAGCAGGGAAUUGGGACACACUGGUUAAUGCUGGUGUUUCUGUCAAAUCCCAGAUUCUUCCCUCCAUCUCACCUUUAGGUAUAUCCUUCUUAUCCUUUCCCUACUGUCUGAUUGUUGAGCCUCUCCCAGUGGGAGGGUGUUCUUCUCUCCUCUCUCUGGGGGAAGGUUUCCCAUGAGUUCUGUCUGAUUUCUCAGUGACUGUCCUGUAUGAAUGUUCCUAUCCAGUCCAGCCACAAGUGGAAGCAUCUUCUCCUGUAACUGUUAGGUUCUCAUUUAACAGUGGGAACCUCCCUCAGGACAAUUCUCAGCCUUCCCUUUCCCAACCUGGUCAGUGUUGACCACACUUUGUAAACCUUAAUGCAUCUUCUCCAGCACCAUGGUGACCUGAACAUGUGCGAUCUCCCAAGUGUGGUGUGAUCAAGUCUCCUUUGAAGGUUAACAUAACCCCUUCACUCUGCACUCAGUUUACAGUGUUCCAGUUACUUCUCUGUGAAUUUAUUAAUCUCCAUUGACACCGAUGUCACUGAGCACCGGGGAUCCAGUGAGAGUGAGGAAGUGUGCAUCAUCUCCCUGUUCUUACACACCACUGUUCAUUUCAGAAGGCUGAGUACUAUAUCUUGAGUUCAGCUUGAUUGUUUCUGAUUCUGCUCAUAACUUGAUGUUUACCUUUCCUUCCAGAAGAAUGUAUAUAUUUCUUCAACUUACUGUUGCUAAACAAGUAGGACUAAUGUUUUAUUCAGAUGAAUUGCUUUACAAUCUAAAUGAAAUAUUUUGUUAGUGAAAGCUUCUCCUAUAUUUAUUAUUUUGAGAAAAUACAACAGUCUGAUUAUCUUCGUGCUUUACACAAUAAACGAGAUUAUAAACCCAGGAGUCUAGGGUAGAUAAACAGCUGACCCUUGACUCCUGACAUUGAGUGCAGAUAGUUAAAUCUUUAACUUUGAUAUUUGAUAUGUGUGCUACACCUGCCCAUACACCUCCUCCCUCACCUCUGUUCAGGGCCCCAAUCAGUCCUCCCAGGUGAGGCAAAACUUCACCUGCGAACCUGAUGAGAUUUAUUAUUGUCCCUAUGCUCCCUAUGUGGCCUCCUCUACAUUGGCAAGACCCAUUGUAAAUUGGGGAGUCACCACAAGCAUGAAUUCCUGGUGGCCAAACAUUUUAAUUCUGCUUUCCAUUCCAUUUCUGACGUGUCAAUUCAUGGCCUCCUCUUGUGCCAAAAUGAGGCCUGCCUCAGAGUGCUGGAGUAACACCUUCUAUUCCAUCUGGGUACCCUCCAACCUGAUGACAUUAAUAUCCAUUCCCUCCCCCCCUUCUCCUCUAUUCCCCCACUGGGACCUUUCGCUUCUUCUCAUCUGCCUGUGUCCCCACCUCUUUCCCUUUCUCCUAUCGUCCACUCUCCUCUCCUAUCAGAUUCCUUCUUCUCCAGCCCUCGACCUUUCCCACCUGCCUGGCUUCCUCAAUCACCUACCAGCUAACCUCUUUCCUCUCCACCUACCUUUCCAUCCUGCCAUCUUCCCCUUUCCUUCUCAGUCCUGAAGAAAGGUCUCGGUCCAAGACGUUGGGUAUUUACUCUUUUCCUUAGAUGCUGUCUGACCCGCUGAGUUCCGUCCACAUUUUGUGUGUGUUGUUGUUGAGUAGGUUCUGUGAGAUAACUGCUCUAAGGAGCCUGUCACAUGCCACACAUUCCUCUACCACACCCUGGUGUGUCUGGUUUGUCCAGUCAGUAUGUGGAUUAAAUCCUCCCAUGAUAAUCACAGUCUCCUCAAACACACCUUUCAUGUUUUCCUGAUUUAUGUUCUGGCUCAUUGAGAGGCCGCACCUUGAGGGUCUGUGGACCCCUCCCAUCUGUGUCUUCUCUCCCCAUUCUUCAUUAUUUCCUCUACAACAGGUCCCCCAUCGCUGACUGCUGUGUCUCUCUCUCCAUUCGACCCAGCUCUGAUACUUUCAUUCAUCGACAGAUCUCCCUUCCUCCUUUCCCUUUUCACCUGUUCAGAGAUCAACAGCUCUCCCCUGCCUCCUUUCCCUUUGGUCUGAUCACGGAUGAACAGAUCUCCCCUGCCUCCUUUCCAUUUGGUCUGAUCACGGAUGAACAGAUCUCCCCUGCCUCCUUUCCAUUUGGUCUGAUCACGGAUGAACAGAUCUCCCCUACCUCCUUCCAUUUUAGCCUGUUCAUGAUUCAACAGCUCUCUCCUGCCUCUUUUCCUUUUCAGCCUGUUCGGAGAUCAGUAGCUCUCCCCUGCUCCUUUUCCUUUGCCCUGUUUUUCGGGAAUGUUGAUAAAAUGAAAUAUUGAGCUGGUCAGCCAACAAUCAUGUCCUGUAACAGUAUUUAGUUCAUGCUGAUACGUGGCUCUCUGUGCCAUGAAUUCAUCUAUUCUGUUGCGACUGUUUUGUGAAUUCAAGUAAAGAACAGUAAACUUUUAAUUUUUACAUUUCUAAUCAGUCUGAAUUUAACUUGUGCUGUAUUUUACCCGUCUCUACCUGUUCCUGUCACACUUGGUUUGCCAAUUCCCACACCGCAUUCCUCGCCCCCACCUCACCACUCUGUGCCACCCCUCUCUCACUUCCUCUCUCUACACCUAUAACUGUGUGGCUCAGCACAGCUCCAGCACUGUGUUCAAGUUUGCAUAUGGCCCACAGCUCUGGGGCGUAUCAAAGGGGUGAUGAAUCAGCAAACAGGAGGGAGACUGAAAAUUUGACUGAAUGGUGUAAUAACAAGAGCCUCUCACUCUACGUCAGUAAAACCAAGGAACCGACUGCAGACUUCAGAAGAGGGAAACCAGAGGUCCAUGAGCCAAUACUCAUCAGAGGAAGAGAAGGUCAGUAAUUUUAAAUUCCUGGAUGUCACUAUCUCAGAGGACCUGUCCUGGACCCAUCAUGUAAAUAUAAUUGCAAAGAAAGCACGACAGUGCCUCUACUUCCUCAGGAGUCUGCAGAGAUUCGGCAUGACAUCAAAAACCGUGACAAAGUUGGACAGAUGUGUGGUGGGAAGUGUGCUGACUGGCUGCAUUACAGCCUGGUAUGGGAACACCAAUGCCUUUGAGCAGAAAAUCCUACAAAAGGUAAUGGAUUUGACCCAGUAUAUCAUGGGUAGAGCCCUCCCAACCAUUGAGCACAUCUACAUGAAACGUUGUUGUAGAAAAUCAGCAUCCAUCAUCAACACUGCUCACUACCCAGGCCAUGCUCUUUUCUCACUGCUGUCAUCAGGUGGAAGGUACAAGAGCCUCAGGACUCACACCACCAGAUUCAAGAAUAGUUACUACCCCUCAACCAUCAGACUCUUGAACAAAAGAGGAUAACUACACAUCUAUUGAGAUGAUCCUACAGCCAAUGAUCUUGCUUUAAGGACUCUUUAUCUUGUUAUUUCAUAUUCUCAUUAUUUAUUGCUAUUUGUUUUUAUUUGGAUUUUCACAGUUGUCUUCUGUGCUCUUGCUCUUUCAUUGAUCCUAUUCGAUAGAUUCGCUGAAUAUACCCACAGGAAAAAGAAUCUCAGGGUUGUAUAUGGUGACAUGUAUGUACUCUGACAGUACAUUUUACUUUACUUUUCCUAUUCAUUUAUUCUGAAAUUGGACCCCAUCCCCAAACGACUCAUCAUUUAGUUGGAAACUGUGUCUGCAGUAUGAGUGAAAAUUGGUUAAAGGGAACUUGAACAAAUAAAAGCUGUCUUCGACCCCCCUCCCUCACCCCUCUAUCCUCUCCACACCCUACCCCAUCCUCAGCUUCCCCCUCCUCUCUAGCUCUACCACUCUACACCUCUCCACUCUUCUUUACCCUUCCCUCCUCCCACCUUCUUCCCCCUCUGACUCCUUCUUCCCUCACUCCUUUGCCUCUUAAUUCUCUCCCUCUCCCCACUUUCUCCAUUUCACCCUCCUCUAACUGCCCCUCUCUCCUUGCCUCGACCCCCCUCCUCCUUCCACUCUCUUCUGUCUCUUCACCUCUCUUCCCCUCUCUUUCCAUCCAUUCCCCCUCUCUCUCUGUCACACACUCCUCCUUUCAUCCUCCCUCACCCUUCAGCCACUCCCUUUCCCUAAUUCUUUCUCUCCCCCUCUACUUCUCCCCGUCUCAUCUGCUCUUCCCAUCUCCCUUCAACCCUUUCCCAUCUGAAAGCUCUGCCUCUCCCCCUUUCUCAUCUCACCUUCCUCCUCUUACACUCACCCCUCACCCUCAACAUUUUCUCCACCAUCUCCCCUCACUACUUUCCCUUCUCAAUUUUCUCCCCUCUCCUCCCCCUGCCCUCUACAUCCCUACUCUCACCCCUUCCAAACCCUUCCCCCUCUCCAUCCACUCCUCCUCAUUCUUCCAUCUCCUCCUCUCCCCACCCUCUAGUCUCUCCCCAUUGCAUCCCCAGUUCCCACUAUCCCCUUACCCUCUUUCUCCCUCCUCCCCAUCACCAUUUCUUACUAGCCCCUUUCCCCACUCUCUCACCCUCUCUAUCCCCUCUAUCUUCCCCUCACCUCACUCUCCCCACCCAUACCAUACUCCACCUCCGCUCACUCAUUCCCCUCCAUCUACCCCUGCCUCCUCCCCUUUCCCAUGCCCUCUUUCCCAUCUCUCCCUUUGCUGCCUCCCCUCCCCUCUCAUUCCUUUUGCCCCCCUCCUCCCUCUCUCACCACUCUCUCCCCUCUCUCCUUCUCUGCCUCACUCUCUUCCCCUUACUCCAUUCUCACCUUCCCCUUUCCUCCACUCUCCACAUCCAUCCCUUCUCACUCUUCUCCCUCUUCCCUUCUCACCCUUCACACGUUUCAGGUUUUCCCUCUACCCUCCCUCUUCCCCCUCCCUCCUAUCUCCCCAUGCCCUUCCUCCCUCCCCUUCCCCCCUCUACACUCCCUCUGCCCUCCCUCCCAUCUCCCCCUCUUUCAACCCAUUUCCCCUCAUUCCCCUCUCUCUGUUCUCCUCCCUCCCCUCUCUCCCUCCUUCUUCUCCUUUCCCCUCUCCAUUUCUCCUCCCUCUUCCCCUCUCUCUCUUCCCCGUAACCCUUCCACUCCCCCUCCCCCCCUCUCCACUCCCUAUCUCCUCCCACCUCCUUUCCCCCUUCCUCCUCCCCUCUCCUACGCCCCAUCCUAUUCUCCCAUCCUACUCUCCAAUCCUACCGUCCCAUCCUACCCUCCCAUCCUACUCCCCCCUCAUACUCCCCCCUUAUUCUCCCCCUCCUACUCUCUCCCCUACUGUCCCCCAACUCUCCCCUACUCCUCCCCCCACUCUCUCCCCUCCUGCACUCCCCCUCCUGCUCUACCCCUCCUACUCCUACUCCCCACUUCCCCCUCCCCUUCCCCCACCCCCCUCACUCCCACAGUGUUGUGCAGAGUUGAGAUUUGCAGUGUACAAAUUAAGAACAGACAAGCAAUAUGCCUUAUGACAGAAGAAAAUCGCAAUUUAAUUAGAAUGGAAUUGGUUCAGCUGUUUCAGUCAUUCCACAAAAUGAAUUUGAAUGGCAUUUUAAAGAUACCAAACUGAAGUCUGCAGAUAUCCAAUUGAAAACAUAUACUGGAGAAGAGGUAAUUCCUGUGGGAAUGAAAUCCGUAACUGUGAAAGACAACAACCAACAAGCCACAUUGAGCUUGUAUGUGGUCAAAACAGGUGGACCAGCAUUGUGGGGGCGUGAUUGGCUGAGACAACCAUAACUUAUUUGGAGAUCCCUCCACAUUUACCAGCCACAUUCCCUGCAAUGAACCCAGCUGAAAAUGAAUAAAGGAAGGUGCUAAAUGAUGGCAAUACUGUCUCCAUGCUGAACAACAUGAACCAUUGCUCAUCAGGGGAUAAAGAGGUGUUGGUGCAAUCUCUGUGCCUCAGGUUGGAAAACAUUGGACCAAGGAAGGACAAUGCCACUCAGAGGAAGCAUGAAAAUGGUGGUCUGCCUACAACAGUUUUGAUAGGCAACGUAUCUGAGAAAGCUUCUGAUAUGUUAAUCAGGCUGUUAAAUGUAAAUUGUGACUUGGAUUUAGGAUAAGAGUUCAAGGUGCUUCAGGAAACUUGGAAGCAUUCAGUAUUUGAGAGUAUAAAGAACCAGAAUCUACUCUGCGUGCAUUGAGGAUAUUGCAUGAACUUCAAGUGGGAGACAAAAAGCUGCCUGUAAAAGUAGAUGCAAUGACCAAAACAUAACAACAGGAAUUCUGCAGAUGCUGGAAAUUCAAGCAACACACGGCCUCCUCCUCAACACAUACAAAAGUUGCUGGUGAACGCAGCAGGCCAGGCAGCAUCUCUAGGAAGAGGUACAGUCGACGUUUCGGGCCAAGACCCUUCGUCAGGACCAACUGAAGGAAGAGCUAGUAAGAGAUUUGAAAGUGAGAGGGGGAGGGGGAGAUCCAAAAUGA